CAGCAAUUUUGACGGCUUUCGGUUGACGCGGGCGGGAAGGAAACUAUUAAGAUAUCUGCGUAUCUUGCAGAUACGCCCCACAACACCACACACACGGCACUAAGCGACGAUGGUAGACACUGCACUCAGCACUCGGCACACAGCACAGCACAGCACAGCAGCCAACAGGUUGCCAGGAUUGUGCAAUCCGCAAUCCACAGUCCGCAGUUCGCAAUCCGCAGCAGCAGCAGCAGCAGCGGCGACUGCAGCGACUUUUCGCUUGCACAAUUCAGCAAUGGAGCAGCACGGUGCUCGGCUCGGCCCGCGGCGAGAUGCUUUUGGUCAGAGAUUGUUGGCUAAUAGUAGUAGCAGUAGCAAUGGCUUUCUUGGCUGCAUUGGCCACCUCCAGACGGACGAUGGCUAAUAGAGGGCAGGCGUGUCAGCGGCGGGAUGGACAACGACGGGCACUCGCGGAGAACUUGGGUUGGGGCGCUGCCGACGCAUGCGCAGCCUGUGGCCGGCUUUCAUUUUGUUGCACUCCACAAGCUGGCCUUAUCACACACGCUCACCGAGUGGCUGAAUUUGGGAUAGCAAUCGGUUUCGAAUCGGUAGCUCUAGCUGUAUCUGUAUCUGUAUCUGUAUCUCUGUAUCUGACGGAUCUGCGAACCGAAGCGAACGAGUCGAGCUGAGUAAAUAAACGCUCGAGCAGUUUGCCACUGAGUAUUUAAAGCACAGCUCUCUCUUUGCCGAUCUCUCGAAGCUCACUUCCAAGCUUUGCUCUCCAACUAUCGUUCUCUUUUUAGCUCUCUUAAGCCGCUGCUGUGAUUCCCAGUGUUGGGCCAAAGGAAAUGGAUUAAGUGCGUCACAGACCCAGUAACAAUUAAUAAGCCUGAACUCUUGAUCUCCCCAUAAUUGCCAUUAAAAUUGCAUCUAGAUGUGACUUGCGCCUUGUUUACUAGCCUUACUAACAAAGGGAGGAGGACCUCCGGGCAUUAAUUACACAAAUCGGUGAACGUCAGUGGGCUAUGGGUUCACAUCGGGCACUUGCAAUUUUGAAUGUAUGCUGACUCGUGUUCCAGCUUAACCUGAGAUCAUCAUCCAUCGCCGCCCCAAACUGCAGCGUCAUUCGGAAAACAAACAUUGACUUGCGAAUGCCCCACACGAGGCGGGGUUUCCGGGGGAAAACCCAGAGCUUGAAAAACAUUUACAAGGAACUAAGCAGAACCUUGAACCCAUUGUAAUGACUUGGUAACAGGUUAGUUAGCAUAAAUACACAGAAAGAAACAAAAUCAAAGAACUGUCUAAAUAUGGUCUAUUCUCUCAUAAUGUUAUAACUAGAACUGGUUUUAUUCCUAGAUAAUAUUUAUAAGUAAUAUUGAAAUAGUUUUCUAUAAAGUAUUUAACUUUAGAAAAAGGGUUCCCAUUGGCCUAGUUAAUAUUUAGAUAUAAAAAAACCAAUUUUGUUUUAAUUUAGUCACGUUCUCUUUGUAAACACAAAGAAAAUAUGGAAGGAAAUAUUUUCUUAUUAACUAUGUAGAGGAACAUGAUUUUAACAUUUUAAUUUUCAUUAAUAUGUCAGGGAAGUCCUUUUCCUUCAGCAAUUCUUUACAGAAUCUGUUCAUAAUAACUUGUAAAGUAGGGAAUUAAAUUUCCUCAACUACUUAUUAUAAUCUCAACUAUUUAAUUUAAAAAAUACUAAUAUAUAUUUCCCCUACAAGGUAACGCACUUUUUACUACAAAUUUCAAACCCUUAGUAAUGUAAAUAUCAUUAAAGCAAACAUAUAAUAAAUAUUCGCUGUUAAUUUAAAUAAAUUCAAUUUUCUCUGCAUUCAUUUUAAUUGAGGAAUCAGUAGAUAGUUAGUACAGAUGCCACAAUUAAAAUCACUAAUGUUGGCAUUUACAGAUCAUGCCAAGUUGGCAGUAUGGCAUGAUCACUGAUCCGUCUGACACUUAUAGUGAGCAUUCAGGCGUUGGUUAUCCAGUUUCGACACUAAAAUUGCUUUUUAAUUGUGUUUUGCUGGUCAUUAGGGUAUCAUUGCCCCACAUUAGGCACCAGAUCUCUUUGCUGGUCAAUUUUCCAAGACAGGCGAAUUGCGCGUCUUGUUUUGUAUUGUUAGAAUUAAUAAGUGCCUUUCAGCUGCCUCUUAGCCGGGAUCGUUUAGGUGACCAAAACGACCAGUUCGAGAUCACGCAAUCCCUGCUGCCAAGCCGGGUGAUAUAAUCGGGGCACAGAGAACAAAACAAAGAGGCAUAAUAAUGUCUUUAAUGACACGACAUCGCGGAUUAUUAACCCCAGAACUUGCUUGUCUGGCAAUUCCCCUUACGAAUCUGAAAGGAUUCGGAGGAAACUCCCCAAGGUGAGUUCAGGAAAAGCAAUAUUGUGUAUUUUUUGUUUGUUUUUUUUUUUGGGAGAAUGGAGACUUGUUUACCAGUUAAAAGAUAGUCAAAAGCUCUCACUCUUCUUUAAGAGUCUUUAAGAGAACUGCCUAAGAGAUAAGACCGUAAGCUUCGGACUACUUUUGGAUGAAGCAGGGCCACUGUCAGUGACGAUAAAAGUGCCCGCGGAUCAAGUUGGGUCGCAAAACUUUCCACACCCCAGCAGUAGCACGCAUAGAUAGGCUGCCAGAGAUAAGUUGACCCCAUCUGGGAAUAACAACAAUAAUAGCAACAAUAACAAGCAAGCGAGAACACCACGGAGCACCAUGUUGUCACAGCGUUUGCGGCUCGGCCGGGGUUUGGUUAAUUACAGAGCUAGCUGCAGCCAGAGCUUGAGAAACUUUGCAGCCGCUGCUGGCGGUGAUAAUAACAACGAAAGCAGCAAUGAUAGCGUCGACGAGCGUCACCCGCUAAAGGGUAUCCGGAUUUUGGACCUCACGCGCAUCAUUGCCGGCCCCUACUGCACCAUGGUGCUGGCGGAUCUUGGGGCGGAGGUCAUCAAGGUGGAGCGCCCGCACUAUGGCGACGAGGCCCGCAAGUGGGGUCCACCCUUUCUGGAGCAUAGCCAGGAUGCAGCCUACUUUCUGGCGCCCAAUCGGAACAAGCGAAGCGUUUGCAUCGAUCUCAAACGGGGCACAAAGAUGCUACACAAGCUGGCCAAGAUGAGCGAUGUGCUGGUGGAAAACUAUGUACCCGGCACUUUGGAUCGUUACGGCUUGGGCUACGAGCAGCUGCGAAAGGUUAAUCCCAAGUUGAUUUAUUGCUCUCUGACCGGAUACGGCUCUGUGGGGCCAUACGCCAAGCGACCGGGCUAUGAUGUGAUAGCUUCAUCCGUUGGCGGACUGCUGCACAUCACAGGGGAGCGCGACGGACCACCCAGCAAGGUGGGAGUGGCCGUGACGGAUAUUACUACAGGACUCUACGCCCACGGGGCCAUUCUGGCUGCUCUCUAUCAGCGGACGCGAACACAGCGCGGUCAGAAGAUCGAUGUGGACCUGUUGUCCACAUGCUGCUCGCUUCUUAUCAAUGUGGGAAGCAAUUACUUGAACGCAGGAACCGAAGCCAAGCGAUGGGGCACAGCCCACUCUAGCAUCGUGCCGUAUCAGGCCUUCAAAACAAAGGAUGGUUAUCUCACAAUCGGCGCCGGCAGCGAUGCUCAGUUCAAGGAUCUGUGUCAACGCUUGCAGGUGGAACACUUGUCCGAUGAUCCGAAAUUCAAGACCAACAAGGAUCGUGUCCAGCAUCGUGAGGAGAUUGUUUCGAUUUUGGAGAAGAUCCUAUCUAAGGACACUGCGCACAACUGGAUGACAGCUUUCGAGGGCGCACCAUUUCCCGUGGGACCAGUGAACAACAUUCGCCAGGUGUUUGAGGACGAGCACAUCCAAGCAAUUGGUCUGGUCAAAACUUUGCCACACCCGAAAGAUGACUCUGUAAAGGUUGUCGGUCCUCCAGUCGUCUUUAGCGAAGCUCGCAACGAUGCCCGGACAGCUCCGCCAAUGCGGGGACAGCACACGGAUGAAGUACUGAGCGAACUAUUGGGCUACGGCAAGGAGGAGCUAGCCAAGCUAAGGAAAGAUGACAUAAUCGAGUGAGUCUUGCAUUGAUUCUUCCAUGUGGAAUAUGUCUAGAGGUAAAGGUGAAGUAUAGUAUGUUGUUAUGAAUAAUUCUAAGUUGUUUUGCCAUUGAACAUUUUGGAAAAUCUAAUAUUCCUAAUAAAACUAUAUUAAGUUUUAA